AUGAUGGUGGUCAUGCGCCCAGACCUGAUCACUUUUUUGAAGCAAGAGCAGUUGAGUACCUUUGUGAUUGAAUGUAUUGUGGUUAAGAAGGGUGAUUCAGACAUUGGAAUGGUAGUGGAUGCAUGUUGUCCCCAUGAUAUAAGAGAAGAGACAGAUCCAGAAUAUUUCUACAGGCAUAUUCCUCUGAAUCGGAUCAAUGGUGAUGCACACUGUUCUUUUCCUUCUUUUUCUGCUGCAUAUGAAGACAUCAAGGAAGGAGAUUCAAGCUCAACAACUUUUAUUGAAUGCUAA